AUGUCAGGACCCAAACCUCCCAAAAAUCCCCUUCCCAAGUCCCUAAUCCACCCAAUAGAGCAAUCAGUGACCGCCAGUGAGCACAUUUUAUCCCAGAAGACAACUAAAGCAAUGGGAUUCAGGUUCAAGAACAGAGAUUUAAUCGGUAGAAGUAGCAGAGUUAUAGCUAACUUAACCAAUCUAAGAGAGGGUACAAGUUUGAAGUAAGUGAGAAUUCUGAGUAACUUCUCGAUACAUUUUAGUCCCUGAAGGUAAUGAAUUCCUUUUAAAACUCUUUGUUUUAACCUACCAAAACUUUUGUACUAGAAAAAUCUGAAGUAAGGCAACCAGAACGCCCUUGAGGAUGAGCGGGUUUACCAAAUUUGAAUUUAUCUUGGGUGAAGAAACCAAGCCUUCUCAGGUCAAUCAGGUAUUCGAAGACUGGGUUCAUCAUGAUUGAGAGAAGAUUUUGAUCAGAUCUGCUGAUCUGCCUUCAAAUCUAGGGAAUUCUACGGCUACUCAGAGCCAGACUCUCCCUUGUUUUAGGAGGAUAGUGGGAUCCUUGCAAGCAUUUUGGAGAAAAUUAACUUUCUGAAGUGCACAGUUGCACUUUCAAAAGCUUUGGUUAUCUCAGAAAGAUCUGAGGAGAGUUCUUGCCACUGGAAGAGACUGUAAAAAGAUCUUCUUUAGCGAUUGUGUGUUUAAUGAUGGCAAAAUUAAGACUGGGGUUAAAAUAUUGGGAAAGAUCGAAAAUAUAGGUUUUAAUAAUUGCUCAUUGGAUUCAAAUUAUGAAGAUGAUAAGAACGUCACAGAAAUGACUUUAUGUAUCGUCCUGCUAAUUGUCCAAUUGUAUAAAGGCUCUAAGCUACAAGAGGUUGAAUUCUGGGACUCUAAAAAUAAGUUCAGUAAAGAUGUAAUAUUGAAGACUUACAACCCGAUGAACAAUAAGAAGGUCCAAUGAUCUAUUGAAGGAGGUCUAGCUCUAUUCAGUUUAAACUCAACUUUCUAAAGUC